GGAUUCCCUUUGUGGCAUAGCAGCAAUUAAUUACAACUCGUCAUCUCCAAGUUCUCCAAAACAGCAAGAUGAAAACUCAAUCUCUUCUUCUCCUUCCUCUCCUUGUUUCCUUCCCUGUGUCCAACGGAGUUUCUGGUUCCGAUGCGGUGUCUGAUCAGAAGCCACCAGCCCUCGGUGGCUGGCAGCCUAUAAAAGAUGUAGAGGAUCCGCAUGUCCAAGAGCUGGCACGAUUCGUCAUCACCCAGCACAACAAGGAAGCUAAUACCAACCUCAAGUUCCAAAAGGUGGUUCGGGGUGAGACCCAAGUGGUCGCCGGCACCAAGUACCGGCUUAUAGUUGCGGCAAACGACGGCCAUGCUACCAACAACUAUGAGGCUGUUGUGUGGGAGAAGCCUUGGGAGAUCUCCGGCAGGACUCUCACGUCCUUCAAACAUGUUUAGAAGCCUGCCUUGUUGUCUUUGUUAUUAAGUGAUUCUAAUUAAUUUGUUUCAAUUGUAUUGUGGCCUUUAUUUUGUUUAUUUAUUUAUUUGUUUUUACUAUAUGGCCUUCACCUUUGGAGGUCUAUGUAUGUAAUCUUGCAUGUAACACCUCUGGCAUAUGAUAUAAGAUUGUAUUAAAGAUUUAUCCAUUUUAAGUA